AUGGAUAUUUACGUGCAUUCAUACUGCACAACACCAUCUUGCCAUUCUGGUCAAUGGAUAUGAACAUUUUAAAUUUUUUGGACAUGAAAGAUGAAAAAUGAAAACAAGUGCUGUCAUUUUUCAGUUUGCUAAUUGCCUAAUUCAUAAUGCCUCCAAAUAUACCCAAGUGCUUCCUUAUCACUAUGAACCUCUGUCGUUUUUUGGUUGCUGUACUAGUUUUGUGCUUCCUUAUCACUAUUACAGCCGGCAGCAAUGAUCCAGCUCGCAUCACAGGUGACGUCUCCAUUAACUGUGGCUCGGAUGGAACUUAUGCAGCACGCAGCGGAAGGGAAUGGCUGGGAGAUGUUCGAGCGAGAGUUUCUUCAGGGCUGCAACUAAGUGGCUCGUCAACAGUCUCAACUGUAGUCCACAAUUGGGCCUCUGCUGAUCCAACUCCUCACCAGACUGCACGCCUCUCCAAGUCCAAGUUCUCUUAUUCAUUCCAAGUGAAUGCAGGUCAGAAAAUUAUCCGCCUUCACUUUAAUCCCACAACAUAUAGAGGUUUUAAAGGGCUGAAAGACUUAUUCACUGUUGAAGCCUGCUCUUUCACUUUGCUCAGUAAUUUCAGCGCUUCCAUCACAGCCGGUGCUCUUGGUGUGAAUACUUUUGCAAAAGAUUUCUGUUUAGAUAUACCAGAAAACCAGCAGCUUCAAAUAGUUUUGUCUGCUGAAAGCAGUCCAUCCUUGGAUACAUAUGCUUUUAUAAAUGGUAUUGAAAUUAUCUCCGUACCUACUAGUCUUUCUUACUUCCGGGGUGGAGAUGUUGGACUCCAGAUGGUUGGCCAGAAAGCCCUGGUCUAUGUUGAUAGCAGUAUUGCACUUGAAAUAGUCCACCGUAUGAGCAUUAAGCAGGAUUUGGUUUCAUCUGCUGAUGGUUCCAGGGACAUGUUUGCAAUGUGGUUGACUGCCCCCAAGCAGAAACCUGGCAAUAUCAACAACAUAACCUGGAACCAACCUGUUGAUGUCGGAUUCAGGUACCUGGUUAGGCUUCAUUUCUCCGAUAGACGACUCAACAUGGCUGAGACUAUAGGCCUGAGUUUCAAAGUCCUGAUCAAUGAAAUAGUUGUAAGCACUGACAGUGGCAUAGUCGAAGUAAGGGAUGGUAGCAUCCCCUGGUACGAGGACCAUGUGGUGUUGUUGAAUGGCCACAAACAAGAGGGGAAGCGCAAUCUGGUUAUUUGUCUCCAGUCAAAUCAAGAUUUUAAAGAUAUGCUUGGACCUCUUAAAGGAUUUGAAAUACUGAAGCUGAGCAAUCCUGAUAGCAGUCUAGCCGCUCCAAAUCCUCUGCCUCCAGCUCAGGAUUCACCACUGUUGACUUUCCAAACUUUGUUUAUGAUUAUUGGUCGUAGAAAUGCAACUAUGACUUUUGCAAUAGCUGUAAUUUCUCUAGUGAAUAUAGUUGUUCACUUGUUACAGAAAAGUUGGGGAAGUUGGGAAUCUAGCAGUAGUGAGGAGGAAAACAAGCCAUCAGCUGGGGCUGAAAGGCUCUUGCGUCGUUUUUCACUGGCUGAGAUCCGAUUGGCCACUAGAAAUUUCGAUAAUGGACUUAUAAUUGGGAGGGGUGGAUUCGGUAAAGUGUACAGAGGCCACAUUGAUAAAGGGCAAAAGGUUGUUGCUGUAAAGAAGUUGAAACUGAAUUCUAGGCAAGGAGCACAUGAGUUCCUGACUGAGAUUGAAACUCUCUCGGAGAUUCGACAUAUUAAUGUUGUUUCUCUAAUUGGCUACUGCAACGAGCAUAGGGAAAUGAUUCUUGUUUAUGAACAUAUGGCAUGCGGAUCACUGGCUGACCACCUCUACAUACUUCCAAAGGACAACAGUAAUUGUUUCUCUUUCACCUGGAAACAAUGCCUAAAUAUCUGCAUAGGAGUAGCUCGAGGCCUAGAAUAUCUUCAUACAGGCUGUGGCAUCAUUCAUCGUGAUUUAAAGGGCUCCAACAUCCUGCUUGAUGAAAAUUUUGUUGCUAAAGUCUCAGAUUUUGGAUUGGCCAAACCUGAACAAAGAAAUAAGCUACAAAGCCAUGUCAGCACAAAAGUUAAGGGCGCAGUUGGCUAUGUGGAUCCCUAUUAUGUCACAACCAGUAAACUAAGAAGGAAAAGUGACACAUAUUCCUUUGGUGUAGUGUUGCUGGAGUUAUUAUGUGGGAGAAGGGCAGUGGAUUCAGAAGUUUUAAUGGAUGAGCAGAUUCUGACCAAGUGGGCUCGAGAUAAGAUUAACAAGGGGGAAGUCGAUCAGAUUAUAGCUUCAAGUUUAAGAGAGGAAAUUUCACCGAAUAGCUUGAAAACUUUUGUGGCUAUUGCAGGGAGAUGCUUAAACGAUGACCCAAAAAAUCGGCCAACAAUGUCUGAAGUUGUGCUACAGCUUGAGUUUGCACUUAAGCAUCAAGAGAGCAACCAAAAUUUGGUGUUGAAUGAGAUAACAAGUGUUUCAGUUGACUUACACCCGUCAACUUCUAAUGAUAGAAUUGAUGUAUCUAGAGAUGCACCACCAAUAAUUACCACUACACAAAGGCAGAAUCUCACACUUCCGCUCGGCAGACAAACUAGUGGAAAUUUUGGUAUAAAUAGAGAGGUUACAUCUGGAAAGAAACAAUGGACAAGAUUCUCAACAGUUAAGCUGUUCAGAUUUCGGCCAUGGCAUGCAUUUCGGAAAAGAACCAAGCCAUCCAAGAAAAAUGAAUUGUUAUUUCAAGAAAUUGCUGUUGGAUCCCUGCAAUAUGAUUUUGCUAGAAUCAGAGCUGCAACCAAUGAUUUUUCAUUUGCUAACAAGGUUGGGCAAGGUGGAUUUGGGUCUGUUUAUAAGGGACUGUUAUCAAAUGGUCAAGAGAUAGCAGUCAAAAGGUUGUCUUCUAGUUCAAAUCAAGGCAACAAUGAAUUUGUAAAUGAACUCUUGAUAUUGGUGAGGCUUCUGCACAGAAAUUUGGUAAAACUCUUAGGUUUCUGCCAGGAGGGAAAUGAGAGGCUUCUCAUAUAUGAAUUUGUUGAGAGAUUAAGCCUAGACCUCAUCCUAUUCGACCCAAUGAAAUGUUCGUUGUUGGAUUGGGAUCGGCGAUACAAGAUUAUACUGGGAACUGCGAUGGGACUUCAUUAUUUGCAUGAGGGUUCUGAACUCAGAAUCAUUCACCGUGAUCUAAAAGCUAAUAAUGUUCUUUUGGAUAAAGAUUUGAACCCCAAAGUUGCAGAUUUUGGCAUAGCAAGAGUGUUAGAGGCAGGUGAAAGUUCAAACACCAGCAGGAUUGUUGGGACUUAUGGAUAUAUGGCACCCGAGUAUGCAAUGCAUGGGACUUGCUCUGUUAAGUCGGACGUGUAUAGCUUUGGAGUGCUAGUACUGGAAAUUCUGAGCGGCCAAAGAAACAAGAAUUUCAUGAAUGGGGAGGACCUCGUGAAUCUUACAUGGAAAAACUGGCGCGAAGGAACAGCUGCAAAUAUGAUAGAUCCUAUAGUGAGGAGGGGUAGCACGGAUUCUCUGGACGUAAUGUUGAGAUGCAUGCACGUUGGGUUGUUGUGCAUUCAGGAAAGCCCAGCUAGUAGGCCAACAAUGGGUUCUGUCACUCAAAUGCUUGGUGCCUUUACCAGCACACUCCCAACACCUUCAGAACCGGUAGCUCAUAUGGUAUCUGAGGAAUAUCGUCCAACAAAUACGAAUUACAGGCAGGCUGAACCUGAAGCAUCUGUCUGUAAUAUGGAUAUGUCAGAAACUGAGUUUUAUCCGCGGUAAUAUAGCUAUAAUUUGUCAUCCAAUAGAGGAUUUGCGUUGAUAAACUCUAAAAUUGUUGCAUCAGAAAAUAUGCAAGUUGGAUAUAUUAUACUCCAGUAUA